AUGGAGUACAUGGGAAGCAAUAUAACAUACAACAAAGACAUAUACAGUGAGUUUAAGUACUACUGUGAACAGCAUGAGAUUGAAGUAAUGAGUAAAGGAGACUUUGAAACGCUUAUGAAAGACAGUGAGGAGGUCAUACAUGAGAACAGUGUUGAAAUAGUUCAUGAGAACAGUGAGGAGGUCAUACAUGAGAACAGUGUUGAAAUAGUUCAUGAGAACAGUGAGGAGGUCAUACAUGAAUGCAAUGAUGAAAUAGUUCACGAUGUCGUUCGUGAAGAAGCCGUUGCAACAAAGAAUGAGAUAAAGGAUUUCAUAGAACUUAACAAGGAGGAGUUUAAAGAAGGCUAUGAAGUGAAAAGAUGUGAAGAAGAUUUCUUGCGUAUUUGA